GGUGUGAGGGCGAGUGGAGGGAGCGGAUUGAGACUCCCCCGGCGAUGUCGGCCUGCUCUUGGGCCGAAGCCUCGGGCUCGCCUAGCGGGGCUGCCGGGAGAGGCGCGCCUCGAGGCGGCCAGCGCAGUAGGCCGCAGGCGCCCUCCCGCCGCGGGCUCGUCGAGGAGAGCGACUGGGCGUGCCCCAUCUGUUUGGACACGAUAGAAGAGCCGUACAUGACCAAGUGUGGCCACAGCUUCUGUUGCAAAUGCAUCCGUCGGAGUCUGGAGGAGAACAAUAGCUGCCCAAAGUGCAGUUCCGCCAUUAAGAAUUCAAAGCAGAUAUAUCCAAACUUCCUCUUGAACGAGCUGGUCCUGAAGCAGCGUCAGCGGCUAGAGAAUCGAAUCGAGAUGGAACAACCGGUGAUUGGAGAUGUGCAGGGAAAAGCGACUCCACCUUUGCUCGCACCGGUGACAGUGGCCAAGUCGCCUUCCAAGGGAGGCAUCCUCAAGCCCCUUGCCACGGGGGAGGUCGUGAAGAAAAAGCGAAAAGUUUUGCAUCUGUCGGACUCCGAGGGCUCGGACAGCAUGGAUUUCAUGGUCGACGAAGAGCUGCUAGCAAGUGUGUCGGGCGUGAUGCCGUCCAAGCGAACUGAACAGGCCAGGGCAGCAGGCAAGAUGAGAUCUGCCGUCGUUGUCACGAGUGUCAAGACGGCGAUUGAGAUCUCAAGAAAAACCACGUUGACAGCAAAGAUCAAACAAGGGAAGAUGGUCUCUGCAUCACCUUCCAUCAAGCUUCCUGCAAAACGGCGACACUCACCCUUUGACUGGUUUGAGGGUCCAGAUGUCGACACCACUUCUGAAUCGGAGGAUUAAAAGAGAAUCGGAGUUUGUUUUGAGGGACGUUGUUUUACGUUCCAUUGUUCUUGGCGAAAUGGUAGCCAGGGUGGAGACUUUUAGCCACCGCAGUUAAAAUGUUUUGGGUGUUCAGUUUUAAGUCGCUGCUUUUCAUCAAUUUUCAGAGAGGAGGUGGGGGGGUGGACACUUUCGCCGUUAACACUGGUCAACAACAACAAAACAACGUGUUUUUCUGGCCUGGACUUUUGCAGCUGUUCUAGACUUUCAGGGUGCCGAUUCCAAAUCUGAUCUCAGAUUUGCUCUAUCACAUCUCAUUUUUAAAUCCUUUAUAUUAAGUUCGCUUGCUUGCUUAGGACCGUGCAAAUCUUUCGGUCGUUUUUUAACCCACUUCCCGUGAUCCAAUCGAGCUGACAUUUUGCACACAGACUCGUUGUGCGUGGCAAUGCAUUUUCGUGAAAAAAUUUUUCCAAAAUUUUACACUGUUUAGGGAAAAUUUUAAAUAUUUAAUUACCAAUUGUUUAAUGAUUGGCAGACAAUCAUCUGACCCAUAGGUGGCAGCCAUCUCAAGCCAGAGGACUCUAGCCGCCAUGCAUAUAAAGGAUUUAUAGUGAAAAACUUUGUUUUUACGGGUUAAUUUUUUAUGCUAUCGGCAUACCCCAUUUUCAUUGAUUUUACCCGAAAUUAACUCUGUCACUUAUGAUUGCAAGUUGUUGCGAGUCAGUGACUGCUUUAGUGUUAAAAUAUGGUGCUGUAUUUUUAGGAUAGUGUGUUUAUAUCAUUUUAUGUAGAUAUCCACAUUUAUUUAAUAUUUUUCUUCUGCAGUUUUUAUUGAAAAUGCAAUCUUUGAUAUCUCAAAAACAUUUUGAUUGCAUUUUGAUUGUAAAGUGAACGUUCAUUGUUUCUGUUCGUUGCGUGUACGCUCAAAAUUAAAGCGCUUA